GAUCUAUUCAAACGGCAUCCACUAAACUGUCGCUGGUCACUUUGGUAUCUUAAAGGAGAUCGGAAUAAAGAUUGGGAAGAUUGUCUAAAGAAAGUUGCAACGAUCGAUACGGUAGAAGAUUUUUGGGCAUUGUACAAUGCAACGCAGUCGGCAUCGGGAUUAAACUGGAAUAGCGAUUAUUAUUUAUUUAAAGAAGGAAUUAAGCCAAUGUGGGAAGAUGAAAAUAAUGUUAAGGGUGGCCGUUGGUUAGUUGUUGUUGAUCGACAAAGAAGAGCUGAACUUCUUGAUCAGUAUUGGCUUGAACUUUUGAUGGCUAUGGUUGGCGAACAAUUCGAGGAACAUGGCGAAUUCAUCUGUGGUGCUGUAGUUAAUGUUCGUUCCAAGGGGGAUAAGGUUUCUCUAUGGACUCGGGAUUCGAUGCAGGAUGAAGUAAAUUUGCGUAUUGGCUUAAUUUUGAAAAGCAAACUAAAUAUACCAGAUACCCAAAUAAUGAGAUACGAGGUCCACAAAGAUUCUUCUGUGCGUACGGGAUCGAUGGUGAAACCGCGAAUAACAUUGCCACUGAACGGCAAAUUCGAUAUUUUAAAUUCGAUAUUUUAA